CCGCCCAAUAGAGAGAUGUUUUUAUGGAGCAGUGUAUUUGUCAACGCAGAUUGUGAGAAUAUGCUCAACAUAUCAUCCAUACAAGGACGGUUUCUUCUCAAUACUUCUCUUCUACCAAAUUUAUCUUUUCGAGGGGUGUGUAGGUUGGCGCUUGGUCGACGUUUGCAACAGAGUCAAGGGAUUAGAAGAAGGGGUUUCUCCAAAAACAUGGCUUGGAGUAUGGAUAGAUGUGAGUUGGGUCUUGAAGUCAAGAUUGGGGUUGUUCAUCCUGCAACCGAUGCUUAUGCUGCAGAGGCAGUUGAAGCUUUGAAAGCUGGGAAGGUCAUUGCUGUUCCCACUGAUACACUAUAUGGAUUUGCUUGUGAUGCUUGCUCAUUGGAAGCAGUUAACAGGAUUUACGAUAUUAAGGGCCGUAAACAUACAAGCCCGCUAGCUAUUUGUGUUGGUGACGUAGCAGAUAUAGACCGUUUUGCCGUCACUGAUCAUUUACCUCGUGGUCUCCUUGAUGACCUACUACCAGGGCCUGUUACAGUUGUACUACAACGAGGCGAGUCUAGUGCUCUUGAACAAAGUUUGAACCCAGGAUUUGAUAGUAUAGGAGUUAGAGUGCCUGAUUGCAAUUUCAUCCGGAACAUUGCCCGUGGUUCAAGAACUGCUGUGGCCCUUACCAGCGCAAACCUUAGUGGACAACCAAGUAGUGUUUGUGUCAAAGAUUUCGAUAAACUAUGGGAACACUGUGCUUCUGUUUAUGAUGGUGGUUUGCUUCCAUCAGGUCGUGCGGGUUCAACAGUUGUGGAUCUCACUAUACCACACAAAUACAAGAUACUUAGACCUGGAAGUGCAAGGGAAGAGACAGUUGCCAUCUUGGAGAAGUAUUCUUUUUUCGAGACAGUGUGACUGCUUUAAUUAGUUGUGAUCCGUCUGCAGUUCCACGUUCUAGGCGAAAAUGUUUCACAUGCAAAAACCAAUUCUUUUGCUUAUGACCUUGUGAGGAACUAUCUACAAGCUAAUUUAUUUCCAUUAACUGUGUAUAACAUAUGUACUAUAAAUCGAGCCAUGAUAAAUUUCUUCUCCAUUAUCGCAUGUCUUUUUUAUUUCUACCUGUAAGGGAUUUAUGUAGGUUUCUGAAAAAUAAGUGAACCACCCAACCAGACCUAUGUAUAUGAUAAUUAAUUUAUGUGGCUUGUCAUAUCAGUUUAUGAAACUAUA